AUGAAGCUGUUUACCGCGCUGGCUAUUGCUGGCCUCGUGGCGCCCUCACUCGCCGCCGACAAGCCCAAUGUGCCUCUUCACUCGUCGAGUCGCUGGAUCGUGGGCAGCGACAACCAGCGCGUCAAGCUCCGGUGCAUCAACUGGGCGGGCCAUCUCGAAGUUAACGUACCCGAAGGUCUGCACAAGCAACGCGUCGACUACAUUGCCAACUGGAUCGCCUCCAACGGCUUCAAUUGCGUGCGCCUGACCUACUCCAUCGAUAUGGCGCUUAACCCGAGCCUCCAGGUCGAGCAGUCCUUUCACAACGCCGCUAAGGCCACCAACACGGACGAGACUGGCAUGAUGAACCUGUACCACACCGCCGUUGAGAAGAAUUCGUUCCUCGCCAACGCCACCGUCAUCGAGGCGUUUGAUGCCGUACAGUCGGCGCUCUGGGACCACGGUGUCAUGACCAUUCUCGAUAACCAUGUCUCCAAGGCAUCGUGGUGCUGCAACCUCGACGACGGCAACGGUUGGUGGUCCGAUGGCCCCGGUUAUCUCGAUGCCAACUCGCGCUUCUUCGACCACCAGAAGUGGCUCGAUGGCCUCACGGCUAUGGCUACCUGGGCCCGUGGCAAGCCCGGCAUUGUCGGCAUGUCGCUGCGCAACGAGCUCCGUGCCCACAUCACCCAGAUUCCCUCAGCCGCAAGCGUCUGGAUGGAAAAUAUGCCGGUGGCUGCCAAGAAGGUGCACGGCGCCAACCCGGACGUGCUGGUCAUCAUUGGCGGCCUCAACGGGGGCACCGACCUGACGCCUCUCCGCGACCACAAGCUGGACACAUCGGCCUGGGCCGGCAAGAGCGUCUGGGAGGCGCACGCAUACAGCUUUACCAUCACGACACCCGACUUUGGCUCCUGCAGCGUCCGCAAGGUCAACUAUGGUUUACUCUUCGGCUUCGUCCUCGAGCAGAACAAGGACAACACGGGGCCCUUUUUUCUGUCCGAGUUUGGCGUCGGCAUGACGGGCGGUGACAAGGACGGUCUGAAUGACAAGGAUAGCAGCUAUCUGUCGUGCUUACGCGAGUACAUGGAGAACAAUGACGCCGACUGGUCCCUCUGGGCCAUCCAGGGCACGUACUACGUCCGCGACGGCAAGGUCGACGCCGAGGAGACGUGGGGCGCCAUCGACCAUGACUGGAAGGAUUGGAGAAACCCUAAAUUCAAGAACAUGCUCGGGAAGAUGCCUGAGGUGACUCAGUUUCCCUGA